GCAUAAAAUGGUUAAAAAAUUCCGCCACAUUUAACAAGCGAACACAGGAAACAAAACAACCGUUUUGUUUGUCGUUGUCAGCCGGUCUCUGAAUCUGCCACUUCACUAUCAUCUGCUGGCCAUGCGAUAGAUUAGGAAGGGAGAAAAGCCACUAAUCCAAUUCCAUCAACCGACCGAGAUGGUGCAACGGUUCUAGCACGCGCACACCAUAUCCGGCAGUUAUUGAGUGCGGUUGACUUAUUAAUAGUGCGCUAUUUCUUCGCUCGACAGCUUCUAAUACCGCUUGACGAGGGAUCGACAAAACCCGGGAAGUUUCGGUUAUAUUAGCCACAUUGUUUCCUUUACACCGGCAGGGGGAUCGAUUGAAUUGUUGCUACAUUGUCGUAUUGCUGUUGCGAUUUCAAGUUGCUUUUUAUAUAAUCAACAAUGGAGAGUCUCAGGGAUGGUACGCUUGUGGGACUCGGUAACCCACUGCUGGACAUUUCGGCCGUGGUUGAGAAAGAUCUACUGAGCAAGUACGACAUGCAACCGAACAAUGCGAUACUGGCCGAACCGAAACACAUGCCAAUCUAUCAGGAGUUGAUAGAGCAGUACCAGGCCGAGUACAUUGCCGGUGGUAGCGUGCAGAAUUCGCUACGCGUUGCCCAGUGGAUCCUGCGAAGGCCUCGUACGGCCGUAUUUUUUGGCUGCGUCGGUCAGGAUGAGUACGCUCGCAUUCUUGAGGAGCGUGCCAAGGCCAAUGGAGUAAACGUGCAAUAUCAACGGUCAUCGACCAAUCCGACCGGAACGUGUGCCGUGCUGAUAACGGGCACACAGCGUAGCCUUUGUGCCAAUCUGGCCGCCGCAAAUGAUUUCACCCCGGAGCAUUUACAAAGCCCGGCCAACCAGGCGUACCUCCAGGGAGCGCAGUUCUUCUACGUGUCGGGCUUUUUCUUUACGGUUAGCUUCGAAAGUGCGCUCAGCGUAGCGAAGCAGGCGGCCGCCAGUGGGCGAAUGUUUAUGAUGAAUCUUAGCGCACCGUUUGUGCCACAGUUUUACAAGAACAAUCUUGAGGAAAUAUUUCCCUUUGUCGAUGUGCUGUUUGGCAAUGAGACGGAAGCGGUAGCAUUGGCGAAAGAGUUCAACUACGGUACGGAAGAUUUGCGAGCAAUCGGGAAACGAAUUGCGGCACUACCGAAGGAAAACGACAAACGCAAACGUGUGGUAAUUAUUACGCAAGGAAGCGAUCCGGUGCUGCUGAUCGAGAGCGGCACCGACAACAUUCGUGAGUUCCCGGUUCAAAAACUCGCGCCGGAAGAAAUGGUCGACACGAACGGUGCGGGCGAUGCUUUCGUCGGGGGCUUUCUGGCGCAACUGCUGCAAGGUUGCAGUGUCGAUGUGUGCAUCCGUUGUGGCAUUUGGGCAGCGCGGGAAAUUAUCCAACGGUCCGGCUGCACGUUCGAUGGAGUUCCAUCAUUCUGUGCCACGAAAAAUUGAGGCAGUGAUUGUCCCGCAAUAAUACCAAAAGGUCAGGGGAAAAGGUUAACAAACAACCCACUCGAAUACAUUAAA